AUGGCGUCUUCCGGAGGGUCUAAUGCUACACAACCUAUAGAUGCAAGUCAGACAACUGAUUUAUUAAAGCGUAACUCGGACGACAUUGGAUGGGAAUAUGUUGUGUUGGUGAAUCCAAAUGACAAAGAUAAAGUGAAGUAUAAGAAAGUGUGUGAGAAGGAAGUGAGGGAAGAAGUAGAUCUUUCACAAUCACAAGCUCCAAUUGAUUUGGAAGAAGAGUUUGAGGUCCAAGGGACAAGGAAAAGACCACACUUUCUUGGCCCUAUAGAUAGAUAUGCAUCUUCGAUUACUCCUGAUUCUUCAAUUGAUGGAAGUAAGAGAACACGUCAACAAAACAUCAAUGAUGUCAUUUGUAAGGAAAGAAAGCAUAGUGUGCACCAAUAUUUGGCUAGGUGGGUGUAUGAAGCCGGCAUUCAUUUUAAUGUCAUUGAUAAUGAUAGUUUCAAGAGAUUUGUGGAAGCGGUUGGACAAUUUGAUCCGGGUUAUAGACCUCCUACUCAAUAUCAACUAAGAGAACCAUUGUUGAAAGAAGAAGUUGAGAGGACAAAAACCUCACUCAAGAAGCAAGAAGAAGAGUGGGCAAGAAAUGGUUGCUCAAUCAUGACCGAUGCUUGGAGCGAUUGGAAAAGAAGAAGUAUUAUGAACUUACGUGUGAAUUGCAAGAAUGAAACUACUUUUCUUUCUUCAAGGGAGGAUUCGGCUUCUUCACACACCGGGGCAUAUAUAUUUGAGUAUGUUGAUAAGUGCAUUGAAGAUGUUGGUCCACAAAAUGUAGUUCAAGUUCUGACGGAUAAUGCUACCAACAAUAUGGCGGCGGCGACUUUGUUGAAGAAAAAGAGGAAACAUAUAUUUUGGACUUCUUGUGCCACACAUACUGUUAAUCUUAUGCUUCAAGGAAUAGGUAACCUUCCAAGAUUCAAAAUUGUGAUUGAAAAGGCAAAAUCAUUCACUAUCUUUGUUUAUGCAUAUCACAAGACCUUGAAUUUAAUGAGGAAACAUACUAAGAAGUGUGACAUAGUAAGGGCGGGAGUUACUAGAUUUGCAACUUCUUUUCUAACUUUGCAAAGCUUGAUGGAGAAGAAGAGUGAGUUGAGGUGCAUGGUUGCUUGUGAUGAGUGGACAAAUAUGAAGCAUUUUAAAAGUCCUAAGGGAAAGUUGACAUAUAGUACCAUAUUAAGUGCCUUCUUUUGGAAUGGUGUAACACUUUGUUUAAAAGUGUUUGGUUCUUUGUUUAAGGUGCUACGCCUUGUGGAUGAAGAUAGGAGGUCAUCGAUGAGAUUUUUAUAUGGAGAAUUGCUCAAAGCAAAGGAAGAAAUUAAAGAGGCAUAUAAACAUGUGGAGGCUAAUUAUCGUCCAAUUAUCGAUAUCAUUGAUGACAAAGCUCGUGGUCGGCUUGAUCAACCGUUGCAUUUGGCGGGUUAUUUUCUAAACCCUUAUUAUUAUUUUAAGAAUCAAGAGAUUCAAUUUGAUCCGGUUGUCAUGGAAGGUUUCUUUCAUUGUGUGGAGACCUUCUAUCUCGGUAAUGAAGUUGCUCAAAGUGUUGUGGCCAAUGAACAAGUGUUGGUGUAUAAGGCCAAAAAAUGUGGGUUUGGAAGAACACUAGCUAAAAUGGGAUGUGAUAAAAAUGAUCACAAGUAUGAUCCGGUUGGAUGGUGGUGUAACUAUGGAAAUAGUACUCCCUAUUUACAAAGAAUGACAAGAAUAAUACUUUCUUUAACUACAAGUUCCUCUGGAUACGAGAUAAAUUUGAGUACUUUUGAGGGGAUAAUCAACAAAAAGAGAAGAAUACAAGAGUUGGGAGUAGAUGUAUUACUGGGUGAGGAAGCUAGUAAGCUUCAAGGGUGGAUUGUUGAUGGUGGUGAUGAUGAAGAAGAAAAAUAG